AUGUUCGGAUUCGUCAAGCGUAUCACUGUUUUAUCUCUCCUCAUCAGUUUGGUUGCCGCUGCCCCCACGGUUCACCGUCGCCAGUCUGCCUGCUUCCUCGUGGGAAAAACUGCCCUCCCAGCCGAGGUCUCUUCUGGCGUUUCUGCCCUUGCAAGCCAAGUUACAUGCGGCACAAAAACCAUUGCCAAUACUGGGGGUGUUCCCGAUGUGACUUCGGGAGGGAUCUCUUUCUCGAGCAUUGAUUUCCAAUCCUCUCAAAGAGCCCGGUUGGUUUGCUCUGGAUACUUUCAAGACCCCCGCGACCCUGCGACUGCCAAUCUUGCAACACUUCAAAACCAGCUUAACACUUAUCUGGCCAUGGAAGCCGGCGUCGAGUACGUCCCAACUAUUUCAGGAACCAAAUUCUUCUUGCAGUUCCAGAUUGCACGUGUUCGUACCGCGCAGGGAGCCAAGCUUGGAGCCACCGAUACGGUCGAACACCAGUUGGGCAAAGUUCUCAAGAAUGCUGUUGGUGCGACUCAGGCGGAAAAGGAUGCAGUGACUGCGCUUUCCAAGCAACUCUAA